CAAGGAGUUUUUCCUGCGGGUUCCAUGCUGCCUUCUUUUUUUCCCUCCCGUCGCUUUCUCCAUCCCGCACCCGCACGCACGAGUGAAAGUGAACACGAUCCGUCUAUUAUUAGAAGCCAUCCAUCUAUUCCCAUCCCAACCACAGACGCCAGAUUCAGCCCCAUCAACGUCUUAUCGAUCCAAAACCUUCAACUUAACGGUCGCUCGUUUGUGUCAUUUUUUUCCACUCUUUGCCCCCUUUCUCCAGCGCAAGCGCAAGCGCCAGGAAAUCCCAAAGCCCUCUCUUGAUCGCUCAAAUCUUACUUUUCUAUCGCUAUCGCGUCGCGUCGCGCAACGGUCUUGAGGGCAGAUCUCAUCUAAACCUAGUCUCCUUAUCGCAACGGCUCUCGUGAACUCAAAAUUUCAUCUGCGCAUCAAAUCUGAUGAUAUACGCGACUCGCAUGCCUGCGUCACUCAUCCUCUGCCUCACUCAGUACCCUCUUCUAUCCCGCUCCCCUCAGGGCUAAAAAAGAGGUACCACCAAAGGCCAAGCUUAAAAAGAGAUACCGUCGACGCGCUACUGCACCAAGUACCCCUCCACCAGCUGCCAGCCACUAAGCUACAAAGGCAGCCAACGGCCUGGGGGUCCUUCGACUGAAAGGUUACUUCUACUUCGGCUUGUCCCAGCUCCAAGCAAAGCAGAGCAGAGCAAGCCAAACCACCUUCGCUUCCCUCACCAAAUCCUCUCCCGCUCCCACUCUUUUUUUCCUCUUAAACAACCUUCCACGGCCACCGCGACAGCCGCCUCCGUCAUCUCGCGCAACCUGCUCCUCUUCUCUCGGCUUUAUCCAUCGACUUUUUCGGUUUAUUUCUCCGUUUCCUCAAGCGUUCUUUGGUACCAUCCACUUUACCACGCCGUUUAACUAUUCUUUGUUCUCGCUUACGAUCACGACUACAACCGCGCUUCAACUUGACUUAACUUCACUUGACCUUAACCUCGCGGCUCGACUUUCUCCGCUUCAAACUGUCGACUCCUUUUCUUUGCGACGAUCUGCGCGACCCAGUUCCAAUUCCACCCUGCUCCACUACCAACGUCUCAGGCAUCUUCCAAAUCUCCUUGGCCGCAACCGUUGAGCUUCCCCGCGUGGAAACGCGACACAUUUCUCCAACUUGAACUGCACAACCGUUCAACAUGGGACGAAGAAAGAUUGAGAUUAAGGCGAUCAAAGAUGACAGGAAUCGCUCUGUCACCUUCCUGAAACGCAAAGGCGGUCUUUUCAAGAAGGCUCAUGAGCUUUCCGUCCUUUGCUCCGUCGAUGUCGCCGUCUUCAUUUUCGGUAACAACAAGAAACUUUACGAAUAUUCGUCAACGGAUAUGCGAGAGCUUAUCCACCGAUAUCAAUAUCAUGGCGGUCCCAGUGAACACAAAGGUCCUUCCGACUUCAACGGUGGAAACGAUGAUGACGAGGAUGAGGAGAACGACGGCACCCCUCCCCAUGGUCCUGAAGUUGUCGAGAACCAGAUGAUGCCUCCCCAUGCUUACGGACAACAUCAACCUCCUUUCCCACAGAUUCGGCAUCAUACACCUUCAGCAUCACCACCUAUUGGCAAUGGCGGUCCAUUCCAAGCGCAUCCUGGUCAUCCUAUCCAGCGACAACAUACUCCGCAACCAUCGAUCGGCUCACGACCGGCAUCUCGAACGGAUAUGCGCCGCAUGGGUCCCGGCAUGGUCCAGCCUCCACCUCCGGCCGGCCCUCCGCAUCCCGGAAUGAAUUACAUGCCCAACCCGCCUAUCUACAACUCGCCUCAUCCUCCCGGUCUAAUACCUCAACAUGGUCCUCAUUCUCAAUAUGCUUAUCAUCAACAGCCUAGCCACAUGCAGCAACCAGGACCGUACAUGGAUGACCGCAGGUCCCCGAUGCCCUCUCCGAUGCCUCCCGCUUACACUUCGCAACCGCCGUCACAACCAAUCCAAGCUCCUGUUCGUCCAACGCCAUCGCCUCAACCACCUCAACAACAGCUUCCUCCAAACAUGUCACAAAUGUCACCUCCGCCGCCCCAGCCUGAACGUCGACUUCAUGAUCCUCCGCCACCGCCUCCCGUGGAACCCAAGACGGAACCACAAGAACGCCCUCAGCCGCCAUUACUGAACACGGACAGUGCCAUUAAGAAGCUACCUCAAAGAAAAUCUCACAGUAUCUUCACUCCCAUCGAAGAGAACCGGUCUAUUUUGUCCCAGCAUCUGGCAUCUUUUACUUCCGAGUCGAACAAAUCAGAGUCUGCUGCUGCCGCUGCCGCUGCUAAUGCUGCAAACGCCGCCAACCGUUCACAAUCAGUUGAUGUGGCUGCACUGAACCGGGCCGCGGAUGGGCCCAAAUCAUCACCCCAUUUGCCACAGCGUGCCAGUACUCAGACCGAUGAAAAGUCUCGAACGGUAUCGCUGUCGUCAAUACCAGAAACCACUUUGACUCCGCCUUCGCGUUCUAACAGUGCAAAGGCCGGCGGUCCCGGAGGAGCUCGACCUCGUGGCCCUCGCUUAACGGUGCAGAUUCCGGAUGGCGGAUCUGAAGGCGGCGGUAGCGCACGAACGGCAGAGUCAAACUCGCCGCGGGUUGCCACAGAAACUACAACGCAGGCGCCCCAGCGCCACAACUCUCAGUCAUCACUUGUGCUUCCUCCUCCCUCUCCGUCUGCGUCAGCAAUAUUGUCCGCAGGUGCUACUGGUCCGCCAAAUCCUUUUGCCCGGCCGCCUCCUCAGCAGAAUAUGAAUGGUGAUACUCCUGUCUCUGCCUUGCCAUCACGUUUCUUGACAAAUGAACUCCUUCCGAGCCCAAGUAGCUUCUAUCCCGAUUGGAACUUCCGGGGAGGUGACAGUAACACACUACCAAGUCCGCUGAACUUUGCAACGCCAGUUGUCGGUUCAGGCCCUAGUUUCCUCAGAGAUGACCUGAAUACGACACCAAAUGCAAACUCAAACGCUUUCAAGGACAGAGAUCCUCUGCCUAAUGCCAAUGGGAGCUCAGGUCAAAACUUGAAUGUAGCUCCAAGCAAUUCUACUGCAACGAAACGAAAGACUCCUGAGCCAGGAGCCACAACGCAGAGCGAUACUGCGGAGGAGUCAGAACCAAAGCGGUUGAAGGUGGACGAGUAAUGCUCGUCGAAAAGUGUUCUCAUAAAAAAGUUCUUUUUGCUAUACGCUUCAAUCGACAGGGCAUCAUAGGCUGGCCUCUGCAUGCCAGUCAUAGAACGUCAUCAGUACCGGCCAGUGUCUUGUUUACGGCCUUACAGUCUCUUGUUUUGAGGCAGCUUUUGCCUGUAUUCCUUUCAUCUUGAAUAUUAUGCCUGGCUCGUGAGCCCCUUGAGUAUAGGGAGGGGUAACUUGCAGAGUCUGGGGGAGCGAACUGUGCAGAAUAGCCUGCAUGACUAAAAAGUGGAGGGAGUUUGUUCUGGAGGUAUAGUUCUUGUUGUAAUUUAUGUCUGUUUCGGAGGGUGUCGUUUCUGGGAGUUCGGAUAGAUGAUACCGGCGACGAACAUGUUGACCUAAUCAAUAUACUGGAUGAAUAGCAGACUGAUGCAUGGUGAUGUCUUUGAACCUCGUGUAUUAUCCUGCGUGCCAC